AUGAUAGAUGUGGCAAAUGAACUUGGUGUUCCUUCUUAUUUGUUCUUCACUUGUAGUGCAGCUUUUCUUGGUCUCUUAAUAUACCUUCCAACUCGACAUGUUGAGAUUGGUAGAGAAUUUGAAGAGUUUGAUGGUGAGAUUGUGAUUCCUAGUUAUGUUAAUCUAGUUCCAAGCAGUGGUCUGCCUGAAGUUUUGUUAAACAAGUAUGGUGGCUACACGACAUUUAUGAACCAUGGAAGAAGACUCAAGGAGACCAAAGGGAUUAUUGUCAACACAUUGAGGAGCUUUGGACUGGUGAUUCAUCUCAAGGGUGAGAGUGAUAAGUUAGACUCAGAUGAGAUCAUGAAAUGGCUUGAUGAUCAACCUGAUUCAUCAAUUGUUUUCUUGUGCUUUGGAAGCCAAGGGAGCUUUGGAGAAGAGCAAGUGCAAGAAAUUGUGGUUGGAUUGGAGCAAAGUGGGCUAAGGUUCUUAUGGUCAUUACGAAAGCCACCACCAAAGGAUAAAAUUGAAAAACCUAGUGAUUACAAGAGUGAUGAUCUCCUGGAAAUCCUGCCAAAUGGGUUCUUCGAAAGAACAAAAAAGAUUGGUUUGGUGUGUGGAUGGGCACCACAAAAGGCGAUGUUGGCACAUAAAUCAGUGGGAGCAUUUGUGUCACAUUGUGGGUGGAAUUCAAUCUUGGAAAGCUUAUGGUUUGGUGUCCCAGUUGUAACAUGGCCUAUGUAUGCUGAGUAACAGCUUAAUGCAUUCCAACUGGUGAAAGAUUUGGGACUGGCUGUGGAUUUGAAAUUGGAUUAUAGGAUCAUUAAGGUUGCAGAUGAGAGAGCAAGAGCUGUAAAAUGUGUAAUGGAAAGCGAUAAUGAGGUGAGGAAGAGGGUCAAAGAGAAGAGUGAAAAGAGUAGAUUAGCAAUGAUGGAUGGUGGAUCUUCAUAUGCUGCAUUUGGAGGCUUGAUUGAUAAUAUAUCAAAAAAAAAGCCAUGGAAGAAGAGUAGUCUUUGGUCUCUAUUUGAUCUUUUUUGCAUGAUGUGUAAUGCCUUUGUUCCAAUUUCUUUAAGAGUUAACUUCAUGUUGAAAGUUUGUUCAUGA